AUGUCUGAUUUUGACGACGACGAAGACAUGGCUCGCGCCAUCGCAGCGAGCCUCGCAGACUCUCAGCAGCCCCGAGCGCCAGCGCCAGCCGCUGACGACUACGAGGCACAAUAUGAAGCUGAUCUACAAGCCGCUCUUGCCGCGUCACAAGCGGUAGCUGAGCCCCACCGCUCGCCCAGCCCCGCCACAUCAGUCGCAUCCUCAAUUGAAGACUCGCCACCACGUCCGAACGGCCUUCUACCUACAAGCUCGGGCUCACGUGCGCCUAAACCCAAAUCCGCACCAGACCCGGCAGCUGGAUCGAGCUCGGGAGGUGACGAACUUGCUGCAUUCCGUGCGGACCGCAAACGGCUAGAGGAAGAGAGGCUGGCGCGUCAGAAGCGAAGACGCGACGAGUCGGGACAGCCCGAAGAAAUCGAGGAUCGCAGGCCUGCGAAACGUGCGACACCCUCUAGCGCCUCUGCUUCAUCCUCCUCGUCACCUCGUGUACCUUUGAAGCCUACUCCUGGACCGUCGCGACCCAAUACGGAGUUGUUCUGGGAUGGAGUUGUCAGGCAGACUGCGAAUAUGCAUGUUGGGCCUGGGAAGAAUGGAGAGAACGGGAAGCCUGUGUUCAGACUAAGCGAGAUCAUCGGAGAUAAAUCCCAGGUCAAGUUCGCCAUCAUUUCGUCCUAUGCCGUCCAAGUAUCCUGGAUCUACAACUUCUUUUCACCCACGACGCCGGUCAUCUUAGUCGCGCAACCAGACCAAUCUGAAGCCAGUUCUGCGACUGUCAAGUUGAAUAUACUGCCGCACUGGGUCAGGGUAACGCCAUACUUCAGAGGUGGGUAUGGGGUUAUGCACGUGAAGUUCUUGCUGCUAUUCUACGCCGAUCGCCUGCGGAUCGCUAUACCCACCGCGAACUUCGUGGACUACGACUGGAUGCACAUCGAGAAUACCGUGUUCGUUCAGGAUGUGCCUUUACGAGCGUCACCUAUAGCACACAGUGCGAAGCUCGAUGACUUCCCGACGACGCUCGAACACGUUCUUCGUGGUUUGAACGUCAGCGCUGGAAUACGUACACACGUCAUGAACGACCACCCCGAGAUCCCCCUCCAGAACGCCGACCCAGGUAGCAUACGCCGGUACUGGGAUUUCUCGCGCGUGACUGCGGCUCUUAUACCCAGUCUGCACGGCAAACACGAAGGAUGGGAGAAGGUCAUCAAGACAGGACAUACGGCACUCAUGAGGGCCGUCCGUCGGUUGGCGGGUAUUGAUCCCAAGGAUAAGCGCGGGCGGAAGGGGAGCAUUGAGUACCAGGGCUCAUCGCUGGGGAAGUACAGCUCUAAAUGGCUUAACGAGUUCUAUGGCUCGGCGAUGGGCCAAAGUCCCGAGACAUGGCUUGACGAUCCCGUAUCGCGUCGCUCAAAGCUGCCAGUACCGGAUAUCAAGAUCGUGUUUCCGACGCAUGACUAUGUCAAGAACAGCAAGCUCGGCGAACCCGGUGGAGGCACGAUCUUCUGUAAGAAAGCCUUCUGGGAAGGCUCCACGUUCCCGCGCCAGAUCUUCUACGAAUCACGGUCGACGCGCGGUCCGGUGCUCUUACACUCGAAGAUGGCCAUCGCGUUCUUCUCCGAUAUUCCCUCGUCGGCAAGCAAUGCAGAUGAUAGCGACGACGAGCUGAUUGUACUCGAUUCGGACGGGAGAGCGCCUGCCAAAGCUGGCCAGGCUGAAGGAUGGAUGUAUGUGGGGUCGCAUAACUUUACGCCGAGUGCGUGGGGGACGUUGAGUGGGUCGGCGUUUACGCCUAUCAUCAAUGUAACAAAUUACGAGCUUGGAGUAGUUCUGCCGCUGAGAAGCAGGGAGGAGGCGGACGCUUACGCCUGUUAUGAGAGGCCGCCGAAGAAAUACGCGAAUGGAGUAUUGCCAUGGAUGCAAGAGAACAGUAUCCAUCAUCAAAUCGGCUAG